UUUUAUUUUUAUGGAAGAAGAUAAAGAAACAAUGAAUUUAAUAGAUCAACAGGAAUUUAUGGAAACCCAAGACUGGCCAAGUGAUCGAGGAGAUUUUUGAUGGAAAAGUUUGAGUGAUCACCCUGAUUCAGCAUGACUGUUAGAGGACAUCUUUGGGCAGAGAUGAGUUGAGUUUUUGAAGACUACCAAGUUGAAUUCAUAUCUUUUAUGAUGCUUACUGAAAGUGAAACCUACACAAAGCUGAAAAACAAGUGGAUUUUGAGAUAUUGGUCAAAAUUAUUCUUUGAUUAAAAAUACUAUCAAGCCUACAUGCUGGAGUUCAAAUGUUCCUCAAAAACAAGAUGUUUAUGAAUGUGAAACAGAAGCAACAUCUAAUAGCGCAAACGAAUUUAAAGAAUAUUCGGACAGCCAGUUAUUAUAUGUCAAUAAUGACUUCCAGUACAUCGAGAAGAUCGGUGAACUGACUGAAGCUCAAUGCUCACAAAUAUUACAGCUAUUCUCGUUAAUAAAUCAACAAGAAAAUGCUAAUUUUACCAUUCUCUCUGAACUUGAGUUCAAUGACAUCUUCCAAUCCUGAGGUUUCAAGACAAAUAUCACACAAAAAUAGCCACUCCUCUCACACUCCAGACCUCCCCACACCAAAAUACCAGAGCGAUCCUGCCCAAAACAGAUACAUGAGUAUCCAAACCAACAACUACGACCUCUCCGUCAAAGAAUCAACCGAGCGAAACUACAUAUAAACGAAAACCCUGACUUCUACAAGCUAGGAGCCAGAAGGGUCUACAAGAACAUGAACCUAGUAGAACAGAUAAGAAGAGUUAUCCAACUCUUCUUCAGUGAAGAGCAGGAUGCAGGAGAAGAAGGAUUUUUGGAAAUGCUGAAUUUUAGUAAAAUUAUGAGUUAG